AUGGUUGACGCUCGCAGUGUUCAGUUCAUGAAACGGGCAAUUGCUGACGAAUCACUUCAUGGUGAUGGAAGAGAUUUGGCUAGUUUCAACGAAGCUUUAAUAGACUCGAGCAAACUUCGUCGCAAGCGAGAUUGUCAGGCAGACUUAGCAGCUUGUGUCAACAGAUGUGAUUAUCCAUGUUUAUGGCGAGGCUGUACUGCGGCUGCUACCGGAUGUCACGCGAGCUGUCACAGUGCUUACCAUUGUUAG